AUGUCUGGACUUGAAGCCCUUUCGCUGGUCUGCAGCAUCAUGCAGGUCAUUUCAUUUACAAAAGAGCUAGCCACGACCUGCAGAGACAUUUACGAUGGCCGCGCUACUGUUGAUGACAUUACGCACGAAAAUACGGCGUCAAUCAAGACUUUGCUGGAUGACAUGGACAAAUCUUCUCAUGCCGUUCAGCAACGCACUCAAAAUGAGAAAGACCUCCACGAGAUAGCUCGAAAAUGCAGCAGCGCAGCUCAAGAACUACAAACGGAAAUACAGCUGACAAUUCAAUAUCAUCAGCCCGGAAGCGUUGUGAAGGCAUUGAUUGGGGGAAUCAAACCUUUCUGGCAUAAAAGAAAGGUUAAAGAGCUUUCUGAAAAAUUUCAAAAAUACCAAAAGACCUUGGAAACGCAUAUGCUGGUUCGUGUGUGCACGAAAACGGAUGCUUUGCAAAUUCAACAACAAAACGAAUUCGUUGAACUAUCAGAGACUAUGCAGCACUUCAUUUCUCAGAUAGCAGCUGGUCACACUCAAAUGGCCAACCUGAUUAAUUGGGAUGGAGUGCAAACAAGGCAACAAAUACAAAAAUCUGAAAUUGGCAUGAAAGAUUUGAUCAACGCUCAUCAUGGUGAGGAAGAUAUGAAAGUGAAGCGAAAUCGCCUACUUCAGAGCCUGAAAUUCGAGUCGAUGAAUGCACGACGCACUGACAUCAAAAUUGCCAGUGAAGCGACGUAUGUCUCGUUUUUCAAAUCUCUCGAAUUUGCAAAAAAGCCGACUUCCGGAUCUGCUGCAGCAGCUUGGGCGGACUUUGUCGACUGGCUUCAAUCCGAUGAGCAAACCUUCUGGAUUCAGGGGAAACCAGAAUUCAAGUUUACCAAAGAGAACGACUCGAUAGGAGACUGGGAGAUUCCACACUUGGUGGCUAUCUUUAAAUGCAUAUUGGCACAUUACAACAGACCAUUAUUCUUUCUGAUCGACGGCAUUGACGAAGCGGCUGAUGCAGAGGAGAUUAUCAAAUUCCUGAUCUCCAGUAUCACUUCACAGAACACCAAAUGGUGCAUUUCCAGCCGUGGUGAACAAAUAUUCCAACAGGCCUUCUCCAAAUACAAAGGCUUCAAACUCAACGAAUAUACCAGAGAUGAUAUGCUCGAUUUUGCGCGAAAAGAGAUUCAAUACGCGUUGGAAAAUGUCCAAAAGCAUGAGACCAUGUAUACAGAGCAGUUCCUGUUGGAGUUGCAACCCAUUCUGGUGGACAAAGCAGAAGGUGUUUAUCUUUGGCUGGUUCUAGCACUCGAAAGCAUCAAAAGAGGACUUCGAAAUCACGAUGGGGAGGGCAUCAUACUAUCUCGCUUAAGAAAACUCCCCACCGGACUCGAAGAGCUAUACGCGGAUAUGUGGAGCAGGUUGGGUGAAGACCAAGACAUAUACCGAGGGGACGCGGUACGCUACUUCAAGCUACUUACAACACAUCGGACUUUGACUGAAGAGUACCGAAAACAAUAUAGAUUGGUCUGUCUUGAUUUCGAACGGUUUCUAACACUUUUCCAAAUUAUGCUUUCUCAAGAUGAAGACUUACAACGAAAUUUGUUAGACGAGUCAUAUGAGCUGCAGCUUUCAGAGUUAGAAGCGAAAUAUUCAGGCAUGUCGAAUACUAUUUCUAUCAAGACUGCUGGGUUUCUCGUCGCCCAAGAGACACACGCAAAUCUUUGGUUCGACUUGCAAAUCAGAUCAGAAUAUUCUCAAUUAGAAAAACACGCUACGAGCAAGAUAGACUUUGUUCAUAGAACUUUGUUCGACUUCCUGAGAGACACGGAACCCGGAAGAAAUAUUAUGUUGGAGGCACAAGCGGACCCUGCCCCCAUACAGCUUGCAACUACGAUGCUCUGUCAGCUUCGAAUCAUGGAAACAAGAAAUAAGGCCAGGGUUUCUGGAACAAUAUUCCAUCGCAAGGGGGAUAGCUUGCAUUAUUUCCGCUGGCUAUUAAAGCAAGCACAGAGAGACGAUAACGACAUAGUAUUCAACACUUUACUGCCCGCCUACGAAAGACUCUUUGAAGCCAGACUUAUACCGUGGGACCAACGAUCAAACAUGUACCCUCGACCAUGCUUUGAUACCCUUCUACUUAGCGAUCCUACCUUUCAGCCAUUUAUAAAGGAACGGCUAAAGAGCAAAGGGGCAUCGCAUGCCACGCGUGUUCUUCGAGAAUAUAUGUUUGUUGAAGAUGCUGAAUAUAUGUUUGUUGAAGAUGUUGAAUUUUUCAAACGCCACGGUCUCGGUAUCAACAUACCAGAGUUUUUCCAUGACUUGGGUGCUGAUAUAAACUCUGCCGAUACCUGCUUUUAUGAGCCACCAGUCAGCAUUGGGCAAUUCGCAGGGUGUUUCACAUAUGAGUCAGCAUUAAGUGAGUUUGUAAAGCAGCUCUAUAACGUCACCAGUGGAACCUUCUACACUCGUCACUCUGUAUCUUUUGGAUUUUACGAACGGUUGAGAUGCUUAGUGGCAUUUUUAGAAACGUCACCCGACUUAGAUAUGCACACUUGCUGUCUCAGGCGGCCAGCCUACAUGUAUGAGCGUGGUAAUCUGAGACUCCUUCUGUCUGCUCUAUCUGUAGACAACAACAAAAACGACUCCAUAUUCAGAUCCAGUUCCAGUUAUGAACACAAAUUUCUUAUUACAGAGGCAAACUUAAAAUACCUUAUCGAACAUUUUUUGAAAAACUUUUCGUCCAAUAUUACAGAAACAAUGGAUUUCGCAACUCGCGCCCUGCAGCUAGUUCGGCGAACGGACAGCAAGCCUUAUUUCAAAGCUCGUUUCAUUGUGAGCAUACAAACGGCCGGGUUCGACCCUCUAGCAGGUUCAGUGACGCUCUACCAGGUUGUGGAUGAAGAUGCAGACGUCUUCUCCGAACUUCCUAUCAAAAAAGUAGCAUCGGGCGGUAUGAGGGAAUUUUAUCCCACGCUUUGCAUCUCAUCGGAAAAGGUAGAUGACUACCUUGGGAAGUGUAAAGAAGUUGAUGUCUCUGCUUUGUCUGUUCUUUUGGAUCAGAAACUUGGAGCUUGUUUUCUAGAAAGCUAG